AGUCGCGGUCGUUGCGGGGGGAGCGUCGGUCGUCACGGUCGAAGCCUCUUGUGGGCCGGCGGUCGUCCGAUCGGUCACUGCGGUCGAGUGUCCUUUCUGUCCUGCGUUGCGGUCUGUCGCCUUUCUCGAAGUCUUCACGGCCGCGUCGAGGCGCUUCUCUUCGCUCGCUCCCUGUAUCCCGGCCUCCUGGUCGCUCUUGUCUGUCCUCAAACCGUCUAGGCCUGUCUGUGCCAGGUGACCGCUCAUACCAAGGCCUCUCGCUAUCCUGCCCCCUCAUGCGACCAUCAACAGCAGAUUCAUCCGACCUUCCACCGCUUUUCCGCAGCUCUUUCCGUCUAGGCGCAACACCUUCAUCCUCCCAUCUUCUGCGCCGUGCUCCUAUCGAAGACUUGCUGCGUGACGGGCGUGACCUGCCUCCUUCUGCCCGCUCCCCGCGCGAAGACGUCACGUGCUCAUCGUGAAAGCUUACGCGCGUGCGACUGCUCGACCGUGGUCCUGAGAAGCGGUCUGGGCCACUGCCUCUGCCCUUCUCGAUGGCCGCGGUGAUGGACUUGUAGCGGCAGAAUGUGCGGGGGAGGGCAGUUCGUUGGGUUCGUAGCAGCGCACUACUCAGCAUAAAAGGGUACGGCAUUGAGGAAAUUUUUUGGAGACAGCAGGG